AGGGGGAAUGAAUGAAUUAUUCUUUUUGGAAAUCUAGCUUGAGCGGGGACUGAGCCAGGGGUACGGGUGGCGAGUAGGAUCAAUUGGGUUAUAAUGUGAAAGAUUUUAGUAUUUUUUGCCGGUUUUUGCCAUAUCAAGGGCCAGUAGCGAAACGACUAGAAUCUCUCAGUUAGGAACAUGAUGGAGGACAGCAUGGCCGGCUAGCAGCCUGAAUCCAAAGUAUAGCAAGCAAGCUAUGCUAACUGUUAGCUAGCGAACCGACUGUUUUGCCUGUCUUUGUCUUUUCUCUUAAUUGGUUACCUUUAAGUUACUCUUCGUACGUUCCCUACGGUAUUUUCGUGACAGUGCUUUGCUGCUUUCAUUCCUCCAGCAUCUGCUGACAGAUGUCCACUCCCGACCCCCCCAUGGGAGGGACCCCUCGGCCGGGUCCCUCCCCUGGCCCUGGGCCUUCUCCUGGGGCUAUGCUGGGGCCGAGCCCUGGACCCUCUCCUGGAUCGACCCACAGCAUGAUGGGCCCGAGCCCAGGGCCUCCUUCCUCAGGUCACCCCAUGCCCCCUCAGGGACCAUCAGGGUACCCACAAGAGAACAUGCAUCAGAUGCACAAGCCCAUGGAAGGCAUGCAUGAGAAGGGCAUGCCCGAUGAUCCACGCUACAGUCAGAUGAAGGGCAUGGGCAUGCGGCCUGGCGCCCACAGUGGCAUGGGCCCUCCCCCCAGCCCUAUGGACCAGCACUCCCAAGGUUACCCUUCUCCUCUCGGGGGCUCUGAGCACGCUCCCAGCCCCGUCCCAGCCAACGGCCCCCCCUCAGGCCCCAUGAUGCCCUCGGGCCCGGGUGGGGUGCCCAUGGAGGCCGGCGACCCUCAGACCAUGUCCCAGCAGCAGGGCCAGCAGCAGCAGCAGCCCGGCCGAGGCGGGGUGCCCGGGGGUCCCGGCGCUGGCGGCCCAGGGGGGCAGCCCGGCGCCGUGGGUGGUGGCGGCGGUGGCCCUGGCGGAGGCCCGGGCGGAGCAGGGGGACCCACACCCUUCAACCAGAAUCAGCUGCACCAGCUCCGUGCCCAGAUCAUGGCGUACAAGAUGCUGGCGCGCGGGCAGGUGCUGCCAGAUCACCUGCAGAUGGCAGUGCAGGGCAAGAGGCCCAUGCCGGGCAUGCAGCCACAGGGCAUGCCCAACAUGCCACCGUCCGCCGGACCCGGAGCAGGGCCUGGGGCAGGCCCCGGACCUGCAUCCGCCAACUACAACAGACCUCAUGGAAUGGUUGGACCCAAUAUGCCUCCUCCAGGGCCUUCUGGAGUCCCCCCAGGAAUGCAGGGGCAGCCCACCAACGGACCACCCAAAUCCUGGCCUGAAGGUCCCAUGGUGAAUGCUGCACCCCCCAUCAGCACUCCUCAGAAACUCCUCCCCCCUCAGCCCACCGGACGGCCCUCCCCUGCGCCCCCCUCAGUGCCCCCGGCCGCCUCGCCCGUCAUGCCCCCUCAGACCCAGUCCCCCGGGCAACCGGCCCAGCCGCCACCCAUGAUGCUGCACCAGAAGCAGAACCGCAUCACGCCCAUACAGAAACCCCGCGGGCUUGACCCGGUGGAGAUCCUGCAGGAGAGGGAGUACAGGCUGCAGGCUCGUAUAACACAUCGCAUCCAGGAGCUGGAGAACCUUCCAGGCUCUCUGGCUGGAGACCUGAGGACCAAAGCGACCAUUGAGCUCAAGGCUCUGAGGCUGCUUAACUUCCAGAGACAGCUGAGGCAGGAGGUGGUGGUGUGUAUGCGACGCGACACGGCGCUCGAGACGGCCCUGAACGCUAAGGCCUACAAGCGCAGCAAGCGUCAGUCCCUGCGUGAGGCCCGCAUCACCGAGAAGCUGGAGAAGCAGCAGAAGAUCGAGCAGGAGCGCAAGCGGCGACAGAAGCACCAGGAAUACCUCAACAGCAUCCUUCAGCAUGCCAAGGACUUCAAGGAGUACCACCGCUCUAUCACAGGCAAAAUCCAGAAGCUGACCAAAGCCGUGGCCACCUACCACGCCAACACUGAGCGCGAGCAGAAGAAGGAGAAUGAGCGCAUCGAGAAGGAGAGAAUGAGGAGACUGAUGGCUGAAGAUGAAGAGGGCUACCGUAAGCUCAUUGACCAGAAGAAGGACAAGCGCUUGGCUUACCUGCUACAGCAGACGGACGAGUACGUGGCCAACCUCACCGAGCUGGUGCGCGCCCACAAGGCCGUGCAGGCCGCCAAGGAAAAGAAAAAGAAGAAGAAGAAGAAAAAGAAGACGGAGAAUGCCGAUGGCCAGACCCCUGCCCUGGGCCCAGAUGGAGAGCCUCUGGAUGAGACCAGUCAGAUGAGUGACCUGCCAGUGAAGGUCAUGCAUGUGGAGAGUGGCAAGAUCCUGACUGGGGAGGACGCCCCCAAAGCAGGCCAGCUGGACACAUGGCUAGAGAUGAACCCUGGGUAUGAAGUGGCACCACGUUCAGACAGUGAAGACAGUGGAUCAGAGGAAGAGGAGGACGAGGAGGACGAGCCUCAGCCGUCUCAGGCUCCCACCGAGGAGAAGAAAAAGAUUCCAGACCCUGACAGCGAGGAAGUAUCUGAGGUGGACGUACGUCACAUCAUCGAACAUGCCAAGCAGGACGUGGACGAUGAGUACGGAAAUGCUGCCUUCAACCGCGGCCUUCAGUCCUACUACGCUGUGGCCCACGCUGUUACAGAGAAGGUGGACAGGCAGUCCACCCUGCUGAUUAACGGACAGCUCAAGCAGUACCAGAUCAAAGGGCUGGAGUGGCUGGUGUCUCUGUACAACAACAAUCUGAACGGCAUCCUGGCUGAUGAGAUGGGGCUGGGGAAGACCAUCCAGACCAUCGCCCUCAUCACCUACCUCAUGGAGUUAAAGCGCAUCAACGGGCCCUUCCUCAUCAUCGUGCCCCUCUCAACUCUCUCCAACUGGGUGUAUGAGUUUGACAAGUGGGCUCCAUCUGUGGUAAAGGUCUCUUACAAGGGUUCCCCAGCUGCUCGUCGAGGCUUCGUCCCCCAGCUACGCAGUGGCAAGUUCAACGUGCUGCUCACCACAUAUGAGUACAUUAUCAAGGACAAGCAAGUUCUGGCCAAGAUCCGCUGGAAGUACAUGAUCGUGGACGAGGGUCACCGCAUGAAGAACCACCACUGUAAGCUCACCCAGGUGCUGAACACGCACUACCUGGCCCCGCGGCGGCUGCUGCUCACGGGCACGCCGCUGCAGAACAAGCUGCCCGAGCUCUGGGCACUGCUCAACUUCCUGCUGCCCACCAUCUUCAAGAGCUGCAGCACCUUCGAGCAGUGGUUCAACGCGCCCUUCGCCAUGACUGGGGAGAAGGUGGACCUUAACGAGGAAGAGACCAUCCUGAUCAUCCGUCGUCUGCACAAGGUGCUCCGGCCUUUCCUGCUGCGCCGGCUCAAGAAGGAGGUCGAGGCUCAGCUCCCCGAGAAGGUGGAGUACGUGAUCAAGUGCGACAUGUCUGCGCUCCAGAGGGUGCUGUACAGACACAUGCAGGCCAAGGGAGUCCUGCUCACGGAUGGCUCCGAGAAGGACAAGAAGGGCAAGGGUGGCACCAAGACUCUGAUGAACACCAUCAUGCAGCUGAGGAAGAUCUGCAACCACCCCUACAUGUUCCAGCACAUCGAGGAGUCCUUCUCCGAGCACUUGGGCUUCACUGGAGGCAUCGUAUCAGGGCCUGACCUGUACCGUGCCUCUGGCAAGUUUGAGCUGCUGGACCGCAUCCUGCCCAAACUGCGGGCCACCAACCACAAGGUGCUGCUCUUCUGUCAGAUGACCUCCCUCAUGACCAUCAUGGAGGACUACUUCGCCUACCGCAACUUCAAGUACAUGCGCCUGGACGGAACCACUAAGGCCGAGGACCGUGGCACGCUGCUGAAGAACUUCAACGACCCCCAGUCGUCGUACUUUGUGUUCCUGCUGAGUACCAGAGCUGGAGGCCUGGGGCUGAACCUGCAGUCGGCCGACACGGUCAUCAUCUUUGACAGCGACUGGAACCCUCACCAGGAUCUACAGGCCCAGGACAGAGCCCAUCGUAUCGGCCAGCAGAAUGAGGUGCGUGUGCUGCGUCUCUGCACAGUCAACAGUGUGGAGGAGAAGAUCCUGGCCGCGGCCAAGUACAAGCUCAACGUCGACCAAAAGGUCAUCCAAGCAGGCAUGUUUGACCAGAAGUCGUCCAGUCAUGAGCGGCGGGCCUUCCUUCAGGCCAUCCUGGAGCACGAGGAACAGGACGAGGUACGGCAGUCAGAAUGUGGUAAUUACGAGAGGGGCAGCGAAACCAGCAGAGAUCAGGAAGAGGAUGAAGUGCCAGAUGAUGAGACGGUUAACCAGAUGAUUGCCAGAAGCGAAGAGGAGUUUGACCACUUCAUGCGCAUGGAUCUGGACCGGAGACGUGAGGACGCCCGCAACCCCAAGCGCAAGCCGCGGCUGAUGGAGGAGGACGAGCUGCCCAAUUGGAUCCUGAAGGACGACGCCGAGGUGGAGCGGCUCACCUGCGAGGAGGAAGAAGAGAAGAUGUUCGGCCGCGGCUCCCGCCAACGCAAGGAGGUGGACUACAGCGACUCUCUCACCGAGAAGCAGUGGCUCAAGGCCAUCGAGGAGGGCACUCUUGAGGAGAUGGAGGAGGAGGUGCGAACCAAGAAGACCACCCGCAAGCGCAAGCGGGACCGCGACGUUGACCCCGGCCCGGCCACGCCCGGCUCCAGCAGCGGCCGCGGCAGGGACAAAGACGAGGACAGCGGCAGUGCUAAGAAGCAGAAGAAGCGCGGGCGACCCCCGGCCGAGAAGCUCUCCCCCAACCCCCCCUCGCUCACCAAGAAGAUGAAGAAGGUCGUGGACGCAGUCAUUAAAUACAAGGACAGUAGCAAUGGGCGACAGCUGAGCGAGGUCUUCAUUCAGCUGCCCUCUCGUAAGGAGCUGCCCGAGUACUACGAGCUCAUCCGCAAGCCUGUGGACUUCAGGAAGAUUAAGGAGAGGAUCCGCAGCCACAAGUACCGCAGCUUGAACGACCUGGAGAAGGACGUGAUGCUGCUGUGCCAGAAUGCGCAGACCUUCAACCUGGAGGGCUCACUGAUCUUCGAGGACUCCAUCGUGCUGCAGUCAGUCUUCACCAGCGUGCGUCAGAAGAUCGAGAAAGAGGAAGACAGCGAGGGUGAGGAGAGUGAAGAAGAGGAGGAGGAGGUCGACGAAGGCUCUGAAUCUGAAUCGCGCUCGAUGAAGGUGAAGAUCAAGCUGAGCAGGAAGGAGAAGGGGUCAGAGCGAGGGAAGGGCCGGCGGCGCAUGGGCCGUGGGUCCCGCGCUAAACCAGUGGUCAGCGACGACGACAGUGAUGAAGAGCAGGAGGAUGAACGUUCCGGAGGCAGCGGCAGUGAAGAAGACUGAGCCUCUACAGGACCAAUGCCCCUCUGACCCCCCACCACCACCACACAUGCAUACACACGCACACACACACACAAACUUGUGGUCACUCAACAUCAUCUGUAACCGUGUGUGUGUGUGUGUGUGUGUGUGUGUGUGUGUGUGUGUGCUGUGGGAGGGAGGGGUCAGACUGAAGACUGGGGUGUAGUUUGACUUUAGAUGAGCAGAUGUUUUUUAGUUACAUGUGUAUCAGAUGAUAAAAUAAAAAAUGUGCGAUUAAAUUUAAAACGACAAAAAAAAGAUACAAAUCCACCUCCAUAUUUAAGCAGGCAAUCCCGAUCUAAAACUGUAGAAGCGUUUACGUCUUUGGCUGUUUAUUUGUUUUUGUUUGUUUGAUGGGGGGUGUUUUGUGUGUGUCAUUUCUUUGGAGAUGAUGUGUGCUUGUGACCAGACGAGGGCUGACUACGGACCACACGGAGGGUUUUACUUGACAUUUUAAAGCGAACGUUUUCGUUAUGUAUUUCUUUUCGUUUUUUUUUUUUUUUUUUGUCACUUAUGCUGCAGAGUCAAACCAUUCCCCCACUCCCUUGCCCCCCCCCCCCUCCCUUCCCCCCCCCCCCCCCUCCCUUCCCCCCUGAAUGCAUGUUGUGUGUGAGUGCACGCGGACGACACGAUGUUUCGCUGAUCUUUGUCCUCUAUGUCUUUUUUUCUCUCUCUCUCUCUCUCUCUGUCUGGCUCUCUUUUUCCGCCUUUGUUUUCCUCGGAAGUUUAAUUUAAGGAAAUUUUGCGGGAUCACGGUACAUCCUGCUCUCGGGGCCCCAGCUCCUGGAGCUGGGGGGUGGGGGGGGGGGGGGGGGGAGGGACACGGUGAAGACUCUGUCUUGUGUCAGUGUCACUGGAUUUCCAAAUCUACAAUAAAGGCAUCUCAUUAAUCCA